UUGAAAAUUUAUUUUCAUUAUUUCACAAUAAUUCGUAUCGGGUGCUGGUCACGCGAACGACGCGCAAACGAUCGGCGUCGCGAUUGCUAUUGAAUUUCUAAAGCAGUUGGGACUUGACUCAAUAGAGUUAUACCUUCUGGAAUUAGAGAAAAAAAAGAAAAAAAUUUCUAAAGCUCUUAGCGAAAUUUCAUAUUUGGAAAUGGGGUACUGAAAUUCUGCACCCCACUUUUAUCUUCAAUUUUGUCAAAAACAAGCAAACGUGCAAAUGUUUUAUCUCGAUUUUCUUUAUAAUUGAGCCCACGCGCGAACGAUUAAACGUUUUUUCAUGGUAUUCGGGUCGAUUUGGGUACCAACUUUAUCAACUUUAUUGAAACGGUAAAUAUGCAUCUAAAAGCAAUUAAAAUGAGCUCAUCUUACAAUUCGGAAUAAAACUUUCAUUCGUACGAAUAAUUCAGCGAUUCAUAGAAUUUAAAGCAGUAGUGCCAGUUUGCUACACAAUUUAGCCAAACGUUAACGUCGAAAAUUGAAACAUACCCAUAAUGUCAGCACGCAGCAAGAAAAAUAAAGGAAAAUUUGUGGAGCGUCGAAAGCGUCAAUCCGUUGGAAAGGAAGAAAGAUAUCGUCAGGAAGGAGACGGAUCCGAUACAGAAGAUGCUUCAGAAAAGGACAAAUGUCCGAUUUCGUUUCCUGUUGCUAUGUGGGAUCUCGAACACUGCGACCCAAAAAAAUGUUCCGGUCGAAAACUAGCGAGGCAUGGUCUCGUGGAAACCUUGAGGCUAGGCGCCAGAUUUUCCGGGCUGGUAUUAACGCCAGUUGGUAAGAAGUGCGUAAGUCCGGUCGACAAAGAAAUUGUGGAAGAGCACGGUUGCGCAGUAGUCGACUGCAGCUGGGCAAGAUUGGAUGACACCCCUUUUGCUAGAAUGCGAACUCCAUAUCCACGGUUGUUGCCAUUUUUGGUUGCAGCAAACCCCAUAAAUUAUGGAAAACCCUGUCAAUUGAGCUGUGUCGAAGCUAUCGCGGCGACGUUGAUCAUAACUGGAUUUCCAGAGGAGGCGGCGUACUAUCUUGGAAAAUUCUCCUGGGGUCACGCGUUCAUGGAGUUGAACUCCGAGCUCCUGGAAAAAUAUUCCCUCUGUAAGGACAGCGAAGAAGUUAUAAUGGUACAGAACAAAUUCUUGGAAGAUGCCAGACGGGAAAAAUUUCAGAAAAGUUCUAUACCAGAUCUUCCCCCGUGCGAGACUGAGUCCGAAGAAGAAACGGAAGAUGCUGGCUCAGCAAUGACCCCAAAGUUGACAGAAGUUUAAAAAAAAAGAUUCGCCCUAAAUUAUACAUAUGUGAAUAACACGAUUUAAAAUGAGA